AUGGCUAUCAAAAAUAUCUUCGCAAACUCGACUUUGGCAAAGUAUGCCACGGUGAUUCGAGCGACGCCCCGGGAAAUCAUUUUCAACAAACAGUUACUUCUAUCCACGCUCCUGUAUGCAACUGCUUCAAUGCCUCUCACCUGGGAUCAAGGCUCGUCCUCAGUCGUGCCCGAGUUGCCAGGGUUUCAGAACCAAUUUGGCUUCAGCAAUUCUGAUGCCGACCAACUCCGAUACUUCGUUUCCAUCGUUUAUCUUGGAGCUGGUGCUGGGGCACUCCUGUCCUUCUUCAUCAACGAUCGCAUUGGACGAUUGUGGUCCUGGCGCCUCUACAUCACCAUUUGGAUCAUCGGACAGCUCGUGGCUACUUCUGCUCCCGGCCUCACUGGCUUAUAUGCGGCAAGAAUAGUAUCUGGCUUGGGUAUUGGUUCUCUCACUGUGACAGGCACAAUGUCCAUUGUUGAGAUUGCGCCGGCAGAAAUCCGUGGCUUACUCGCAGUGUGGUUCAGCGUUGCCAUGUGCCUGUCAUCAGUAUGCGCGGUCUUCACUGUUUACGGUGUCUACAUCCACGUCAGUACCAGCAGGCUUCGGUACCAGAUUGUGUGGUUCUCGCCAUGCAUCUUCUUCUUCCUUCUCAUCAUUGCCAGCUUCUUUCUCAGCGAAUCUCCCAGAUGGCUCUGGCUUGUUGGACGACAUGACGACGCUGUUUCAACUCUGGUCAAGAUCCGCGGGCUUCCUGUCGACCACCCGCGGGUACGCUCCGAGCUGAAUGAUAUCCAGGAAGCUAUCCGGAAGGAGACUGAGGCUUUUGGCGGCAGUCGUUCGCAAAUCCUCGGUGUUUUGAGAGAGACAUUCACGGUCCCAGGCAACCUCCGACGUGUUCAGCAAACCUUGAUAUCGUACGCUCUGGCCCAAUUGUCUGGAGCAAAUUCUAUAACCUCAUACUUCGUCCCCAUCCUGAAGCUGCUGGGGAGCGCCGGAGGAAACACGCACAGUCUCUUCCUCGCAGGGAUGUAUAGUAUGUCCAAGUUCUUCUUCACGCUGAUAGCCUCAUUUUUCUUCGUGGAUGCUCUAGGUCGACGUGGAUCACUGUUCGUUGGCGCCGGCCUGCAAAUGAUCUCCGAUAUCUACAUUGGGGUGUACCUCAAGUACAAACAAGCAGGUACCGCAAGCGAUGCGUCAUCACAGGCUGCGCUGGCUUUGAUCUUCUUCCACGCUCUCGGAUAUGCUGUUGGACUUUUCGUUCUCCCGUAUGUCUUUGGUGGGGAACUGUGGCCCAACAGGAUUCGGUCCUUUGGAGGUGCACUGUCUCAAUGUUUUCACUGGCUGUUCUUCUUCGCCAUGAACUUCGCGGUACCUUCGCUACUCUCUUCAACCAACAACUGGGGCGCAUUCCUCUUUUUCGCUGGCUGGUGCUUCUUGGCAAUUUGCUAUGUGUUCUUCAUGGUUCCAGAAACAUCUGGUCUUAGCGUCGAAGAAAUCGAUGACCUGUUCCGGGGCUCCUGGUUCAAUGCGUACAAAGUCACCCGGCGAACAGAGGCCACCACCUUGGAAGCCGAGGAUCUCGAGCAGGUUGCAACCCGCCAAAGCAAAGGAGCGAUGGAGACUAAAAGAUAACUCCAGAGGACGAUGGGACGCAAUGAAAUACUCGGUGUUCUUUUCAAGACGUCAAUGUAGAGAAGACCACAAGGUUGGGCGACGAUAAGGUGUUUGAAAGCUAUGCCACCGAGUAGCCAGGUCGCGCUCCUCAUACGAUAACUGUUCCGUUCAUAGGUGAUAGGACAAACAUGACAAGGGUUGUGGUUUCUAGACUGUCUCAAAUAACCAAUUAAACUGUGACGAUAAGAUUCCAAUUUUGCUUAUUUAGGUACAGUAUUUACUCGCACACGUACAGCUGCUCAGCACGUACCUAGGUACCUGACUUAGCCAUGCUCGCCGCUUAUCAGACAGUCAGGUGUUGCGGGGCUUCAGGGUUUCUGGGCUGCAACUACCCCAUAAAUAGGUGCUCUGAGUACUAAUUUACAGUAGUCGC